AUGAGUGAUUUGGAUAGAGCCAUAUCGCAAUUGCGAGCUUGUCGACCUAUCCCCGAAGCAGAAGUUCGAGAAUUAUGUCAUAAGGCAAGAGAAUUGUUGAUAGAGGAGGGGAAUGUGGUCACAGUAACAGCGCCAGUUACGAUAUGUGGUGAUAUUCAUGGGCAAUUUCAUGAUCUUAUGGAAUUAUUCAGGGUGGGGGGUGAUGUACCUGAUACGAAUUAUCUAUUUAUGGGUGAUUUUGUCGAUCGCGGUUUCUAUUCAUUAGAAUCUUUCCUCCUCCUACUCUGCCUCAAAGUACGAUAUCCAGAUCGAAUGACCUUGAUCCGGGGUAAUCACGAAUCUAGACAAAUUACGACUGUAUACGGAUUUUACGAUGAAUGUUUACGAAAGUACGGAAGCGCAAAUGUAUGGAGAUACUGUUGCGAAGUAUUUGAUUAUCUUGCUCUCGGCGCAAUUGUGCUUGGAGCAUCCAGCAGUCUACAACCUACAUCUAUGCCAAACGGUGAACACAGCGCCACUUCGACGCAAGAAUUUAACGACGAGGAUGUUGAGAUUGAGAUAUUGAAUGUAGAUGGAAGUAUUAUGAACAAAUUCCUGCGAAAUAGAGAAAGGAUCAACAAGAGAAAGCAAUCCUUGGAUUUAGAACUGAGUUCAUCAGAAAAGGGUUCCCCAAGUCCCCAAAGCAAAUUCUCCAGCAUCAACGGCCCUCCCGGUUCAGGAGCAUCAGGAUACAGCGGGGGUAGUUCAGGCAAUUCCUCGGGCGCCGUAUUCUGCGUGCACGGAGGACUCUCCCCCCUCAUCCAAGCCGUCGAUAAAAUCCGCCUCCUAGACCGCAAACAAGAAGUCCCCCACGAAGGCGCCAUGUGCGAUCUCCUCUGGUCGGACCCCGACGAAAUCGACGGUUGGGGUCUCUCCCCCCGCGGCGCCGGUUUCCUCUUCGGAGCCGACAUUGUCAAGAUGUUCAACUACACCAAUGAUCUCUCGAUGAUCGCUCGCGCCCAUCAAUUAGUAAUGGAAGGGUUCAAGGAAACUUUCGACCACAGUAUCGUGACCGUCUGGUCAGCGCCAAAUUACUGCUACAGAUGUGGAAAUGUAGCGGCAAUUAUGGAGCUGGGAGAGGAUGGUACUGGAAAUGGUAUUAUGGCGAGGAGUAAUGGCGAAGUUAGUAGAGGGAAUGGGGCUAAUGCGCCGCUGUUGGAGGGGCACGUGGCGUUGAGUGGACCGGCGAGGAGAUAUAGGGUUUUUCAUGCGGCGCCGCAGGAUUCGAGGGGGAUGCCGGCGAAGAAACCGGUGGCGGAUUAUUUUUUGUGA